GAGAGAGAGAGAGAGAGAGAGAGAGAGAGAGAGAGAGAGAGAGAGAGAGAGGAAUACACCUUGUGUGAGUAAGCAUGAACGAAAGAAAAAAGGAGUUUUUCCGUUCGCACCUCAUCCUGCGUUCCCUCCUCGCCUCCCUCUGACAAACCUCCGUUUUACGGAGAGCAGGAUUCCAGUCGGUUUCCAUGGCUCUGCAGGUGGAUGUGAGGCAGUUGAAUGUGACUCUGUUGCGCUCCUUCCGCGAGGGCGUCGCUGCAGCUUUGGACAUCUCUCCUCGACACGUGCACAUCAACCGUCUCAACGAGAGGAAGAACGGCAUCGAGCUGUACGUGUCGUCCGAGGGCAGUGUGGGUCCGUCUGAGCCACUCUCAUCGGAGGACGUGAUUGGCUCCCUCAACAUCAACGUCCUGCACCGACACCUGGAGCCCUUCGGCAUCACACAAGUCUCCUCUGAGAAGAAUGUACUCCAAGGCCAGCGGGACAGGGACGACGUGUGGACCAACGAGAGUUUCUAUGCCGUAGUCAUCUUCCUCACUAUCUUCAUCAUCAUCGUCACCUGUUUGAUGGUUCUGUACCGGUUGAAGGAGAAGGUUGAAUACUCCGACCGCCAAGUCAAAGCCCCGCCGCCGCCAGGCCCCCGCGACGUCCGCCUGACCCCCAUCCCAGUGCUCCCGGCGCCCCCGAAAACCCCACCGCCACCUCCACCUCCACCUCCACCUCCGCCAAAGCACCCCCCACCUCCCCCUCCUCCUCCUCCCAGCAGCAGCAUGGUGCAGGCCAGGCCGGUCCCUAAAGCACCCGCCGCAAGCGUCACACCCGCGUACCCAUUUGCUCGCCCGUUCAGUCAUCCAGUCCUCCACUCCGCAAGCUCCCCCUCCUCCUUGUCUUCCUCCUCCCAUCCCAUCGCGGUGCCCAUCAUCCCCGUGGCCCACAGCCUCGUCUCCUGCCACGCCCACGAGUCUGCAGUCGCUCCCCCCUACACUCCGCCCACCACUGCUGAGGUCCGGCCCUGCUUCUCGGCAAGCCACUCCCCCUUCAGGAUGAAGCCUGCAGCCGGCCUCCAGGAGAGGAGAGGCUCCAACGUCUCGCUGGUGCUGGACAUGAGCUCGCUGGGUGCGGUGGAGCCCCUGAGUUGUGGGGUGGGAACCCCCAGAGAGAGCGCGGCCCAGGAGUACCUGCAGUCAGCCGGACGCACGCUCACCAGGGAGCAGCUACGACUCACAGUGCUCAACACACAGACCCUGCAUGCAGAGUUCGCCGAGAUUCCUAUGAAUUUUGUGGAUCCUAAAGAUCUGGAUAUACCCAGCCAUGGGACCAAGAACCGCUACAAGACCAUCUUACCAAAUCCACAGUCAAGGGUGAUUCUGAAGAGCAAAAACUCAUAUGAUCCUCUCAGUAGCUACAUCAAUGCCAACUUCAUCAGGGGUUACCUGGGAGACGAGAAGGCAUUCAUCGCUACGCAGGGUCCGAUGAUCAACACGGUUAACGACUUCUGGCAGAUGGCCUACCAGGAAGACUGUCCCGUCAUCGUCAUGAUCACCAAGCUGAAAGAGAAGAACGAGAAGUGUGUGCUGUACUGGCCGGAGAGGAGAGGGAUCUACGGGAGGACAGAGGUCCUGGUCAACAGUGUUCGGGAAUGUGAACAUUACACCGUACGCAACCUCACACUAAAGCAAGGCAGUCAGAGUCGUAGUGUGGAGCACUACUGGUACACAUCAUGGCCGGACCACAAGACCCCCGACAGUGCCCAGCCGCUGCUGCAGCUGAUGAACGACGUGGAGGAGGACCGGCUGGCGUCUGGACCCCGGGGGCCCGUCAUCGUACACUGCAGUGCUGGCAUUGGUCGUACGGGAUGCUUCAUCGCCACGACGAUAGGCUGUCGCCAGCUGCAGAUGGAGGGCAGUGUGGAUGUCCUGGGGGUUGUAUGCCAGAUGCGCUCAGACAGGGGUGGCAUGAUCCAGACAGGGGAGCAGUAUGAGUUUGUGCACCACGCCCUGUGCCUCUACGAGAGCCGCCUGUCAGCGGACGCUGGCCAAUGAGAGGGCCCCCGCCCACCAGCUCCUUGACAUCACUUCUUGUGACACAGGAAGUCUUUGCUUCUAUGCGCCACUUUGACCUGGAAGUUGAAAAAAAAAAAACCUUCAUGGGUGGUCAUCAUUUUUUGUGCAGCCCGGAGGAUCUUCUGACAUGGUUCUGGAGUUCGUUCUGGUUCUGUUCUGGAAGGACUGAGAAAGAAGUCGAUAUUGAAAUGGGUUUUUUUGGCGGUGUGAAGAAGUUUUUCGGGUGGGGUUUGUAUGGACCUGUGUUGUGUGUCGGGAAAAGACAGUCUAAAAGGAGGUCAUGGACAAGAAUCCAUCCUCUCUCUCUUUCUCUUUCUGUUUCUUGCUCUGUCUUUUUUUCUCUCGUGGAUGAAUGUAAUCUAUGAAGACUUUGUCUACAAUUCUUGUGUCAGCAGCAGAAGCAGCAGCUUCUUAUACUUUCUCCUCCUGAGUUCCCUUGCACACAACUUGCCUUCAACCCCAUCCCAACUCUUCACGACCUCUGUGUGAUCUUCACGACCACAGCAGGUGCUGUGGAACGCCACUCACACAAAAUGGUGGACUUCCUCCUUCUUCUCACGGACACGAUGAUGACGAUGAGGUUUUUCUUGGGUUUUCCUCAGUGGUGUUUUGUGUAGAAGUGUACAGGGGGUGAAUCUUCUGAUUCAUCCCCAGUAUUUUUGUUUGUUUUGCUUGUUUGUUUGCUUUUAAUUUUUUAAGCGUCUGUCUCCAUCUUAAGACUGUUAGAACAUAAAACGGAUCGGAGACAGGGUGUACUGUACAUUGUCGACUCAAUACUAUUCUGUUGCCAUAAUUAUUUCAGGAGAAAGCAAAUGUCAUUUCAUAGAAAGGUCUGGAACAAAACGUUAGAGGAAGGAAGGUAUCAUUUUUGUACUGAUGAAAACGACACUGCACAUGCAGAGAUACAUGACAGUAUUACCAUGUUUGAAAUCAAGUCAAACAAGUCCAAGUCUAUUACUACUCCCCAUUGUAACUCCCCAUUGUUAAGUAAUGUUUUGCUACAGGCUUGACAUGCAUACAGUACACACAAGCAAUGGCUAGGUUGACAAUAGACAUUGGGUACGUAAAGAAACCACUAACUGACAUGGAUAUUAUACCUUAAAGAAACAGCAAAUGCACACAUCCUUAAAUGAGUAUGAUUGGUUUUACCUGAAUAAUACUCUACCCAAUAUACUAGACCUCAACUCUGGUUCACCAUAUCUCUACAAGGUCUCUCCUUUUGUUUCCCAAAACACAAUAAUAAACCUAACUCAUACCACAAAGUCCUCCUCCAUGAAUCCACAAGAAAUAACCCCCUGUUGAUGGCAAUAGUGAGUCAUUGAAUACUAAGUAAAUAAAUAGGUAUUUGCAUUAUUUGAUAUUUGUAUGCUACUUGCGAAAGCAUGUGAAGAGAGUUGUAAAACAGCCUUCUUAAAACCAUAACCUGUACAUGGGCAAUGUUUGCAUUGAGUGCAAUGUCAAUGGUGCAGUCUUAAUAUACAUAUACAUAUAUAAUGACAUAUAGUUUAUAUGUUUGUUUAUGAAUCACAGUCAUGUAAAUUUAACACAAUUAUUUUUGUAUAACUUGAGCAGACUAUUUUGAUACCCAGGAUGUGUGAAGGAUGUCAACACCAAUCAUUCAGGCAUGCACAGUAUAUACACACACACUCUGUGUAAACCCAAGGAAAAUGUACACCUAACCUUAACAUUAAAUUGAGCUGAGUUCACAAUUAGUGUAGGCUAUAGCUAUUAGACAGUACCUCUGUUUGACAUCAGUGCUCUACAGGUCAGUUCAUAUUUAUGUCACUACGCCACCUUUGAAACAGCCAGACUUUAAAGCAGCACUAUGCAACGCUGGGGUGCAUUUCUCGAAAGCGUAGUUGUUAGCAGUUAGCAACUCGCAUAGUUGCCAAUGGGUAAUUGCAUUGCAACCAACAAAGUAGCUACCGUAGUUAGCAACUACGGUAUUUCUAGAAAUGCACCACUGCUGAGGUAAUGACCUUCAUAGGGUCAGCAGGUACAUGUACCGUAGUGAAAUCAAAAUGAAGACUUUUGACCCUCACAGCUGUCUAUGGACAGAAUGCCACAUUUGCAAAUCUGGAAGUCCUUCCUAGGUCUCCCAGACUCACCAAGUCUUGGAACACUUCAGGAAACAGGCCUCACAUUAAAAUUAAAAUCUAAAAAAAGGACUCUGUGAUCCACCUUGAUGGACUGGACUCAAUACUGUUUUAGUAUUCAAAGAGAAAACAGACAUUGCAUGUGUACAUGAUGAUUUUGAUUUGGAAUGAAUUAAAUAGUUCCGUCGAGUUUGCAUUGCAUUUCAUUCCAUUUAAUUCCAAAUUGUGCAGUGUAAAGCGGAGACCAGCUUUAUUCAGAAUUACAUUGAGUUCAUUCUGAAUUAAAAUCAUGUAAACGAGGCAAAUUUCUUUAAGCAUCAGUGUCCAUUAACUUGAAGAAAUCAGGAUCAGCUCCAUUGAUAAAAAACAGCUCAAAGUUGCAUAGUAUUUCUUUAAAGUGCUGCUAUGGAUAAAAUACCAAAUAGGGUUGUAGACCCAGUUAACUAUUGUGAGCAAGACUCAGAAUAAAAGACAGACGGACAUACAUAAUCUAGAGGGACCUCUGUGUUCUGCGUACAGUACAUGGCAUUCUGAAUACGGCCAAUAUGUGUUUUUAUUUGGAGGAUGGAGAACACUUUAUUUCAAGAGGACUUUAAUUACAGUAAGCCGGCAAGGGGGGACAAAGGGGACAGUUGUCCUAGGCCCAGGGAAAGAGGGGGCCCAGAACUGGAUUCUCAUUACAUUAUAUGUAUUGAAUGGGGACUUUGUCCCUGGCCCAGCCAAAGCUCACAGCGGGCCUGAAUUCCAGUGUACUCAUCAGGUGCAGUGGGAUAACUGAUGUAAUGACAUGUACGUACAACUGUAGUGCAUGCUAUUACAUCAUACUCAAAACAUGUGUCUUUGUGCAUCUACAUGCCAAGGAUGCCUUGGACCUCAGUUCAGCCCUUUGCCUCCCUGGAAGAAUUCACCAUUCUGGCAAAGUACUAUAAAACCACUUCAGAGUACAAUAUGGCAUUAUGGUAUGUAGAUACACAACAUAUACAAUGUAUUAACAUGUACUGCAGUUGUACUUACUUAGUUGUACAUGAUAUUAUACGUAGUUAUUCCACUGUAAGUACUCUGUAAUUAAAGACCCCUUAAAAUAAAGUGUUCCUGGAAGAUGUUACGGUACCAACGUCUCUGGCUCAGUGGUCAGGGCUGCCUACCUUCUCAACUCAACUUCUUUUUCAUAGUCUUUGACUGUGCUGUGUAAAAGUACCGUAUGUACAUACAUAUUGAAAGUGCUAUUA